GUCCCCGUUGCUUUCAUGACACCAUAGUCACGCUUGAUGCUUCCACUAUUGCAUUUUCGUAUUUAUUCACCUCGCAUUCCUUCCAUAUUCCUGCAAACCCCCCAUCGUCACCGCACUCUCGCUAUGCUUGCACAUGAUUGGCAGAGGGUUGAGAAACGCGCCAACGUUCCUGCUUACACCCUUUUCACUAAACCAAUAGAGAAGUCUCAGCUUGACGAGCGCGACUACAGAUUGAUUAAGCUCGAAAAUGGUCUCUUGGCCGUGUUGGUUCACGAUGCCAAGGCUGAUAUUGCUGCCGCAAGCUUAAACGUGGCAGUUGGUCACCUGUCGGACCCAGACGACAUUCCCGGCCUUGCUCACUUUUGCGAGCACUUGUUAUUCAUGGGCACCGAACAAUUUCCGAAAGAAAACGAGUACUCCGAAUAUCUUUCCAAGAACAACGGCCAUUCAAAUGCAUAUACAGCACCGGCCAAUACCAACUACUUUUUCCGUGUUGCUACCUCAGGCCUCCCCGGAGCUUUAACACGUUUCUCCGCGUUUUUCCACUGUCCUCUCUUCGCGCCCUCAUGUACUACGCGGGAGAUGAAUGCAGUGGACUCGGAGCAUUCUAAGAAUCAUCAGGCGGACCCAUGGCGCGUCUUCCAGCUGAACAAAUACCUUACCAAGGAAGGUCAUCCGUGGAGCAAGUUCGGCAGUGGGAAUCGCGAGACGUUAAGUGCUGCCGGGAGAACAUUCAAGGUGGCGAGUAAGCUAAACGGGAAUGGGACAAAGAAUGGGAUACAUGCUGCUGCGGAUGAGAGUGUACCAGCAUCACCAGUAUCAUCUGAUGGAAGUUUAGCAUCCUCACCGCUCCCUUCACGUAUUCCAUCGCCAGUCCCGUCUAAUACAUCUGUGAGCAGCGAGAACGAACCAGACGGCGGUGUCAUCGGGCGUGAGACCCGCAGACGGUUAGUUGAGUGGUGGAAUAAAGAAUAUUGUGCAGGCAGAAUGCGACUUUGUGUUGUUGGGAAAGAGCCACUCGACGAGUUAGCUGACAUGGUCUCGACCUUGUUUACACCCAUCAAGAACCGAGAGCAAGAUCCAUUACCCGUAAUUCCUGACCAUCCAUUUGGCCCGAACGAAAUGGGAACCUUGGUUUCCGUUCAAACUGUCAAAGCCUUCCAUGCUAUUGAGAUCUCAUUUCCUCUAGCGUGGCAGUGGCCCCUUUGGCGGUACAAGCCUGCACAUUUUAUUGCACACUUUACUGGUCAUGAGGGUCCUGGUUCACUUUUUUCGUACCUCAAAAAUAAGGGGUGGGUGACGUCGCUCAGCUCGGGUCCUCAACCCCUCGCACGAGGCUUCGAAAUGUUCAAAUUCACUAUUCAUCUGACGAAGCUCGGCUUUGAGAAUUACCAAUCGGUGGCGCUUGCGACAUUCAAAUACAUUUCUCUCUUGCAGUCUUCUGCAUUCCCAAAGUGGUACCAAUCGGAGCUUGUCAAGAUCGCGCGCACGAGAUUCCAAUUUUCCGAGAAGCAGAAUGCGGAGAGCUAUGCGGUUUCGCUUUCCGAGAGGCUGGGCAAGCCUGUCCCCCCUGAAUCAAUACUCAGCGAGGUGGCCGUUCCGUCUGACUGGAAUUCCGAAGACGGAGAGCGAGAAGUUCGUGAGAUCUUGGAAGGCAUGCGUGUCACAAAGGGCAGGGCAGUACUCAUGGCGAAGAAAGAGGAACACGAACGCAUUUCAAAGAAUGAACAUUGGGAGCAUGAAAAAUGGUAUGGUACAGGGUACAGAGUAGAGCGAUGGGACCCGUCGUUUGUUGAACAGGCUGAGGGACCCAAUGAUAUCCCGGAGCUGUACCUCCCAGGUCCGAACGAAUUCAUACCCGCCAACUUAGAAGUGGAGAAACGCGAUGUCCUUGAGCCCGCUAAACGUCCUUACCUUAUCAAACAAACACCAAUGGGAUCCGUGUGGCACAAGAAAGAUGACCAAUUCUGGCUUCCAAAGGCGUCGCUCGCACUGGAACUUCGUAGUCCGAUUGCAGGCUCAUCUCCGCGCGCUGACACCAUGACACGGCUUUUUGCUGACCUUGUAAAUGAUUCGCUGCAAGAAUUUGCAUAUGACGCAGAACUCGCAGGACUUGUCUUCAACAGUGGCUCACACCGCCUCGGACUGAUGAUCACUCUGGAUGGGUACAACGACAAGUUGCCUAUCCUCGCUCGUCGCGUUUUGGAGACUGUGAGAAAUCUACAAGUUCGCGAGGACAGAUUGGUAGUCAUCAAAGAAAAAGUUAAGCGCGACUGGGAAAAUUUCUUCAUGGACCAGGGUUACCGACUAUCGGACUAUUAUACGCAAUACAUGCUCACUCAUCACACUUGGAAUAUCGCAGAAAAGUUGCAAGAGGUCUCCAGCGUCACGCAGGAGGAGUUGCAGAGACACAUCGACGACUUCUUGGCGCGCCUGAGCAUUGAGAUGUUAGUAACCGGCAACAUGCACAAAGACGAAGCUAUUAGUUUAUCAGAGAUGGUAGAGAACAUUUUAAACGCCUCUUCGAUACCAGCCGACGAGACCGCUCAACGAGCCCUCAUCCUGCCAGAAGGCUCCAAUUUUAUUUGGAAGUCACAUAUACCUAACUCCAACGAUCCCAAUUCGUCUCUGACUUAUUAUCUUCAACUCGGAAGUUCUACCGAUGCCCGCUUGCGUGCGACCAGCUUGCUCCUCAUACAUAUGAUGUCGGAGCCGGCUUUCGACAUUCUUCGGACAAAGGAACAACUUGGUUACAUUGUCUUUUGUUCAGAACUGCAACUGUCUGGUGCAUCGCGUCUGGGGUUGCGACUGGUGGUGCAAAGUGAACGGAACCCCGCCUACCUGGAGCAGAGAGUGGAAGCAUUCCUGGACUUGAUGAAGAGUAAGAUCGAAGACAUGGAACCUAUUGAUUUCCAGCAGUUCAAGACUGGCCUACAGCAAAAGUGGACUGAAGUUGUUAAGGACUUGAAGAAAGAGCGCUCGAAAUUCUGGGAGCACAUAGAUUCAGGGUACCUGGACUUCCUGAGACGCUACAAUGAUUCGGACCUGCUGACAGACAUUACUAAGGACGACGUCCUGGAUCUCUUUGUCUCUCGUGUUCAUCCCUUGGGAGUCAAAAGGUCCAAACUUUCCGUCCAAUUACAGUCCCGGAAGCCGCGGCCCCCGCGGAUCAGCGCCACCGCUGCCAAUGCCUUUGAAGCUUUGGUCAGAGCUUCAACUACAUUCGUCGAGACUUCAGGGUGGAAGGAGGAACUGGCUGACGAGAAUCCUCUUGCGACACACUUUGCAAAAUACUGGCAAGACGCGCUCAGCGGUGUCGAUAAUUAUGAGGAGUUGAUGAUGAAAAUCCCCGGGUUGAUGACGCAGUACCCAGUCGAUGAAGAAGUAUGCGACGUUCGGACCGCAGGGGUGACCUUCAUUGAAAACGUUCAAGACUUCAAAGCCACCCUUGAAGUUACAGAGCUUCCGGAGCCCUUGGUAGAAUGGGGAGACUUGCCGCUCGCCAAGCUUUAGGGGUGUUAUCUAUGUUACUCAUUUACUUUCUUAUCAUGUAGUAAUUAAUAUGUCUUUGCUGCUUUUCGUGGGAUUCUGACACUGCGGGAGGUUUCUCGGACGUGAAUGCUGCAGGC